AGUCAGUUGAAAAGAAAUGUCCGUUCGUGGCGGUUGGAUACGAUUUGUCUAAUAUUGACAAUUUGCGAUUUUUAUUUAUUUUGUUACGUUUGUUUAUGUUUAAAUCGUGUGAUACAAUUUUUAAUAAAUACCGGUGUUUAUUGAAGUAUUGUUGAAUAAAUAUUUGUGUGAGUUCAAACGAAACAGGUGAUGCCGACAAGGGCUCCCCGAAUGGAUCGAUAUCGGUGACUUUGAGUUCGGAGGAGGAAUAAACGUCGAGCUGGGGGUGUCGGAACAUGGAGAAGUCGGCUCGGCCGCGGACCGCGCUCAAUGAGUGCGUCAAGGUGGUGGUGCGCUGCAGACCGCUCUCCCAGAAGGAGAAGAACGAGGGUUACGAUGAGGUUAAGAAAGCUCGCCCUGAACAGAAAUGGUACGAGCGCCUUUCGUCGAAAAACCCUGUGGACAAUAAGAAGUUCGAGGGACCCCUACAGGUGGUGAAGGUGUGGCCGGAGCGCGGCGCGGUGCAGGUGUACAACCCCAAGGGGCAGGACAAGCUGUUCACGUACGACGCCGCAUACGACUGCACCGCCGACACACAGACCAUAUACGAUGAAAUGGUCCGGCCGCUGGUGGCGUCCGUGCUGGACGGGUUCAACGGAUGCGUGUUCGCGUACGGACAGACGGGCACGGGCAAGACGCACACGAUGGAGGGCACCGCCGACCACGAGGGCAUCAUCCCGCGCGCCUUCCGCCACAUCUGGGCACACAUCGAGAACGGCGCCUCGCCUGACGUCACGCAUCUUGUCUCCUGUUCUUACGUCGAACUGUAUCUGGAAGACGUCAGAGAUCUGCUCUCCAAGGAGUGCAAGAAGCUCACUAUUAGAGGACAGGAGCUGAAUGGUUUCUACAUCCCGGAGAUGACGUCGGUGGUGUGCAAGUCCGCGGCGGAGAUGGUGCGCGUGAUGCGCGCGGGCAACAAGAACCGCGCGGCGGGCCGCACCGACAUGAACGAGCACUCGUCGCGCUCGCACGCCGUGUUCCUCGUCACCGUCGAGACUGCACACCGACCUACCAAUCGCAUACGCGUGGGCAAGCUGAACUUGGUCGACCUGGCGGGCAGCGAGCGGCAGGCGAAGACGAACGCGUCGGCGGAGCGGCUGCGGGAGGCGUCGCGCAUCAACCAGGCGCUGUCCAGCCUCGGGAACGUCAUCUCCGCGCUCGCAGAGAACAGUCCGCACGUGCCGUACAGGGACUCGAAGCUGACGCGCAUCCUGCAGGACUCGCUGGGCGGCAACAGUAAGACGAUAAUGAUCGCGAACAUCGGCCCCGCCUCCUACAACUACGACGAAACCAUCACCACGCUGCGGUACGCGCACAGGGCUAAGGCGAUAAAGAACAAGCCGGUGCGCAACGAGGACCCGAAGGACGCGAAGCUGCGCGAGUACCAAGCCGAGAUCGAGCGCCUGCGGGCCCUCAUCGAGCAACGCAAGACCGCCUCACUCGACAAGAAGCCCAAGAAGCCGCCCAAGGUGAAGCCGCAGGCGCAGGAUAAUGUACUCGUUGAAGAAGACACAGUUAGUAUAGAGAAUGAGAACAUACUGGCGGAGUCGACGAUAGAACAAGAGAAGAACAAGACUGAGGAGUUGGAGCAACAGAUCAAGGCGUUAGAGGAGCGGCUGGUGCAGGGAGGCGGCGGCGGCGGCAAGGAACUCAUCAACAACCUGAACGAGAGCCAGGUCAUCCUAGAGCAGCGCCAUAUGGAGAUCGCCGAGCGCAAGAAGCGCGAAGUGGAGAUGCAGCAGCGCAUCGAACUCGAGGAGGAGACCACCGCCAGCGUCACCAACACCUUCACCACGCUGCAGCAGGAGGUGGACCACAAGACGCAGCGGCUCAAGAAGUGCGUCUCCAAGUACCUGUGGCUGCGCGAGGAGAUGGUGGAGCAGCGCGAGGCUCACGACGCGGAGAGGAGGGAGAGGGAGGCGCUGCAGGCCGCGCUCAUCGCCGCGCUGCGCCGCCGCCUGCUGCUCGCCGACAGCCUCGUGCCCGACGCCGGCCGCCCCGCCGUGCUGCGCGCGCGCUACAGCGACGACAGCGACUCCUGGGAGCUGCGCCCCACGCACGCCGCGCCGCUCGCCACCCGCCCCCUCGCCGGCGGCUGUCGGCGCCGCCCCGCCUGCCUCGCCGCGCUGCAGCAGCGCCUGCCGCGCCAGCGCGCCGAGGACCUGCUCGACCUGGCGCCGCUGCCGCUGCCGCCCACCACGCGCACCUACACGCCGCCGCCGCCGCGACACGCGCCGCCCGCGCCCGCGCCGCCCGCGCAUGCGCAGGUGCCGAAAAGCGUACCCUCGGCCCUGAAGAAGGAGCACGUGGUGGAGUCGGUGGGACGCAAGUCUGCGCGCGCAGCCCCGCGCCCCACCACGGCGCACCGGCUCGGCACCGCCGGCGUGCGGUAGGCCGCCGCCACAGCGCUGCCGCGGACCGCCACUCGUGGCCACCGAGCCCCAGCUCGAGCUCCUGGUCAUUCCAAUCGUCGAUCGAUCACCAUACAAUUCCACUUCAACUGAUAUAUUGUUCCCCAACCGUAAAGUACGGUGUUCUAAAGUUGCCCGAUUUAAAGUUUGUCACAAACGAAGACAAUUACUAUUGUUUUGGUACGAGCAGCGUAAAAAGUGUAAAAUGACUAACUUCGAACCGGCCAACUUAAUAACAAUAUUGUACAAUUGAUUUAAAAUUGUAUGUACAAGUGACGUCACAACUCGGCUGGUCACAUGUUAAUAGUUUUAUAAUAUAGUCACUGUGUGGCAUUUGCCGCUACGCAAGUAUGUACGUUAUGCCUAGUGGAUAAGGUUUUAUUCACAUUGACCGGCGCCCCAGACUGAUGUUAGGUGCAUUUGCGCAACUUCGAAUAUGGAACAAUGUGAAAUUGGAUGCGCUUCGAAAUCAACUUUAUGUCUUCCGCAUACGGUUGAUUUAUAAGACAAAUGGGCGCGCUAAAAAAUUAUUCCAUUUUCGAAAUUUCUUGAAUGCAUUAUAGAUUUGAAUCGUUGGGUUAUAAAAAGAUAGCGCCAUCAUCGACGCAUCUCCUUAAACUCUGAAAUGUGAACGCGAUGUAGACACCGAAACGUCCCGAACCUGCCCGAAGUAUAAAAAAUAAUGUAAUGUAAUUCUUAGUGGUUACUCGUAUUAUGAUAUUUUUGUACAAUUUCGAAUGAUUUCAGUGGAUGCUUGUAAUGCUUUAGUUAAGGUUUGGUUAUUCAACUGUGAACCGAUCUGGCCGCGACGGACCGUUCGUUAUCAGGACGUCCCAACACGUCAGUUGAACCGCAGAAUCGAUGACGUAUAAUCACGUUCAAAUAUUUAUGCACCGAUUUUUGUUCCUGAUAGUGCACGUUCGUCUCCGGCCGGUCGUUGCACGGCUGCGGCCUAAUCUGACGCGACUACGAGCGACGAGGACGUUUUGUGAUUGGUCGAAAAGCGAUAACCGACGGCGCGCGCAUGUGCGUACAAUAGUACGCACUGUAUAUACACUGUUCUGUGGGUUAUUGCUUUUGUGUGAAAACAUUGCUAUAAACAUUAUUUGCUAUAAUAUAUUAUUAUUAAUGUUAUGUAAUAUAAUAUCACCUUCAUGUACGGUAGGUUACACGUCCAGGGCUGCGGCUCCCGUGACCUACACAACAAUAUGUUAAAUAGUGAUGGACGGAGCUGCAGUAUUGACACAGGUUGCACAACACACGAUAUUUUAAUGAUCGAUGUUAACCUGUUUCUGAAAGCAUGAUUAUUUUAAUAAAUUCGCACAUACGCGGUUUUGGUAUAAUAUAUAAUGCAGGAAGUCUAAAUGCCAUAAUACAAAAUCUCUAAUUGUCGAUGCUAAAAUGUCUUGUGUGUUGCGACCAUGAACAGGAGUGUCAUUAGCAAGCACUGCGCCAUGCGUAGAGUCACAAACGGCGUUACGUUGAUCUCACACGUCUUACCCUAGUAUUUGUACGGCAAAGACGCUUUGUAUAAUUUAUUUUAGUUAAUCGCGUAGACACUAGUGUACCCUGCGAUACGCCGCGAGCGACGCGACACGACGCGAAACACUCCGAGCUAGGUUUUUAUCCGAAUUUCGGUUUUAGUCAAUUUUAGGUUGUCAUUUGUUUUGUAUGCGAUUUUAUUUUACCGUUGUUGUUUUUGUGAAAUUUUAUUUUGUGCUUCGAUAUCUGAGUUCGUAUUGGAGCAAGUGAUAUUAGGUAGUGUAAUGUAUUCGUGUAUUAAAUUAUAUGGUUAAAUAAUGAUUUUCUAAUGAAUUCGUAGUAUGUAUAUUGUAUGUAGCGUAGUACGUACGCAACGAGAUGAGCCGCGACCGCGUCGCAACACGAUCCUGACGUUUUGUUCAAACGCGUUACCAAAGAUGGAAACGGUCCAUUCCACGAGAUGAAGUCCAUUGCUUUCGAUAUUACCAUUGAUCAUGUUCCUUUACAUGUUAAAUUUCGAUUUAUUAUAAUAUUAUUAUGUAUUUCCAGACACGGUUUCUAGUCAAUGAUUCUUGUAUACAAAUAUUGUAAAUAUUAUUUUUUAGGUAUCGGAAAUUAUAUGAUAUAGAGUAGAUAGGGCGCUAAUGUUCGCACAACACAAUGUACCGCGAGUCCGGAGCCGGAGCGUGCGCACGCGCAGCACUCGCGGGACCCGCUGCCGGCGCGCCGCGGCUCGUGUGACGUCACUCGACACUAGACACGAGCCGCGGCGUCGGCCACACAUUCACGAUUAAUUGCAGAGAGAUGAAGUUGUCAAGCAGUUCGUGCUACCAUUUGUAACCGUUUCUGUGUACGUUCAGUAUUUUAUUAAUUGGCUUUACAAUUGUUUGGGAAAAGAAGAAUCAUGUGAUAUGUUAUUUGGAAACCGCUAGUCAGCUGUGCCGCAUACACGCUUAUACUCACUAAUAAAGUAUUUGAAAUUUUUA